GCGCCCCCUUCCACCCGGUGCCCCUGCACCUGUCUCCGAGUCUGGGGUGGGAAGGGGUCCUGUUGCGUCACCAGCUGCAGAAGACAGCCCCAGCCUCCACCACCAACUGGGGACGUGGGUGGUGGCCGAGAGCUGCUGCCCUGGGGACUGCCCAGCGCUUAGAGCCAGUACCACGUGGACAGGGACGGGAUGCGGUCCUCCUAGUGGCGGAUCCCGGGACCAACAGCUCGCCUAGCGCUUCUCCUGUGCCCGCUCCCCCUCGCCGGCCCUCUGCGCCGAGCCGCCAUCGUGGGAGGGACUGCGGCCUGCCUCCAGACUCACGAGGGGAGAGCGUCACGCCACCCACCGGGCCACCUCGGUUCGAGGAGGCCGGCGGAGCGCGGACCCGCCCUCCGUGCGGCACCCCUCCCGGCGAGGGCGCUUUCCCUUUAAAUGCAGAUCAGCGCCGCCGGCUUAGCUCCCGCGUCGCGCUCCCGGCGCAGGCGGAGGGGAAGGAGCCCGCUCGGUCGCGCCUCGGGACCCGCACCUCCAGGCUCCAGCCCCAGCCAGCAGCCCAUGGAGGACAAGAAGAAGAAAAGGAGUCCCAAGCCCUGCCUGACACAGCCAGCCCAGGCCUCAGGCACACUACGCAGGGUCCCUGUGCCCACCAGCCACAGUGGCUCCCCCGCCCCCGGGGCCCCCCCCCCCACGCGCGGGGUCCUGGCGCCCCCCAGCCACAGUGGCUCCUUGGCCCUGGGGCUCCCUCAUCUGCCGUCCCCGAAGCAGCGGGCCAAGUUCAAGAGAGCCGGCAAGGAGAAAUGCCGGCCCUCGCUGGCUGGAGGAGGGGGCGGCUCUGCAGGCACCCCGCUACAGCACUCUUCCCUGACUGAGGUGACCGAUGUCUAUGAGAUGGAGGGGGGGCUGUUGAACCUGCUCAACGAUUUCCAUUCAGGCCGACUGCAGGCCUUCGGGAAGGAGUGCUCCUUCGAGCAGCUGGAGCGCGUGCGGGAGAUGCAGGAGAAGCUUGCCCGCCUGCACUUUAGCCUGGACGUGUGUGGGGAGGAGGAGGACGAUGAGGACGACGAUGGGGUCACCGAGAGGCUGCCGGAGGAGCAGAAGAAGACCAUGGCCGACCGCAACCUGGACCAGCUGCUUAGCAAUCUGGAGGACCUCAGUAACUCCAUACAGAAGUUGCACCUGGCGGAGAACGCCGACCCGGAGGAGCAGCCCGCCGUCUAGGUGCUGGACCACGCCGAGACUGCCGCUCUCGUUUCCUACAAACUGGCUUUUUAUGGACUCGGAGUGUGUUCCGCAGCCCCCCAGGUGCUAUGGGGGUGGGGGGCACUGGCUGGAAUUAAACGGCAAAGAA